AUGUUCACCGUCCUCUCAUUUGCCGUGAAACAAGUCAAAAAACAGAGAACCAGAAAACAACAAUUCCAACAGCCUCAACCACCCUACCCAAACGACCAAUACCCAAUGGCCCAAUAUCCAGCCGGCGUAGCCCCAGGAGGAAACUAUGAAUACCCAAACUCAGCACCACCUUCAGUCCCAGAAAGCAAAGCCUCCAAGUUCAUGGCCGGCUGCAUAUCCUUCCUCCGCUUCCUACAGCUAGUCUUCGGCCUAACAGUCAUAGGCCUCUACGGCCGAGAUGUUCACCACGACCACAAGUACGAGGAUACCUGGAAUUCUAAAUGGGUCUAUGCCCUCGUGACAGGCUUCCUGGCUACUAGCACCGCGCUGGCGCAUAUGGUGCUGCCGUUUUGUAUGAGUCGGACUGGGGCGUCGAAUCCGGCGCUGCGUCUGCCGCAGUUUGCGUGGGAGUUUGUUCUUUGUGUGCUGUGGUUGACUCUUUUUGGGCUCUUUGGUAAGAUUUAUCUGGGCGUCUAUGCUGUUGAUGUCUCGGUUGAGACUAGUAGCUCUUCUAGUCGUCGAUCGACUACGACUUCGGAUGAUGCAGCGAAGAUUAAUAGAAUGCGGCAUGCUGUUUGGAUUGAUCUUGUUAAUUUACUUUUCUGGCUUGUCACUGCUUCUUGGGUUUUGUUGCAGUGGCUUAAGGGUCGGAAGGUUGCUUCUUCUGGCGAGAAGGGCGAGGAAGUGUGA